ACUGCUAGCAACUGGUGACAUCUUGGCUUUCAUCGAAGCUUUUCUUGUUCAGGAAGUUUUCUGCCGCCAAAAAAUGGAAGAAAUAGAAAUUCGUCCUGCUUCUAUGGGCGACUACGAUGCAGUUGUGGAACUUUCCCGCGCUACUUAUGAAGACAAAGGUGAUGAAGAUCACGAUUGUAUUCCCAGUAGAUUCAACGGCUGGCUCACGGAACCAAAACGAGCUGUUUUCGUCGCCCAAAUUGAUGGCCGUAUCGUUGGACUGCGAACCUUCGCCAUUGUGAACGACGGACGAAGCUCUGCUUGUGAUGUUGAAAAAAUCCAUCCCCAAUUCCGACGCCAAGGGCUUCAAAUCAAGAUGGUCGAGGCGAGCCGAAAUUUCAUUCGUAAAAAUUAUCCGAAUGUUGCCCGAGAGCUGUUUUAUGCACCGAAAAAAUUCUACGCAAGCCGCCAAGAGCUUUUUGCUGAUCAAAUGCUUUUCAAGCAAGAUAUGAUUGCCUACCAUCUCGACCUGGAGAAUUUCGACAAAGAAAGACUAAACGAAGUCGCGAACAGCCUAGCACUGGAGGUCAGACCUUGCACCAAGGAAGAAUUCGCUGACGAGAUAUUAUCGAUUGCUGGGAAGCUCUUUCCGAAUGAGAUUUUCACCAUGGACGGCCAAGUAUUGGAAGCUUCCUUUGCCAACAAGAGCGCAAUGCUGAAAGAUGGGGACAUGCCUUUGGUGGAUAGCAACGAAGACGAAUCUGAACCAUUUAAGUCCUACAGUCAUGGAAGAAUAUCGGCGCGAAGCAAAUCGCUACACUGGGAAUGCUACAUUUACACUAAGAGUUAUAUCCUAUUUCAAGUGCAUCUACUGGGGCAGGUGAAAUGUGCAAGCGAGGCUCUGGCCGACGCGAAGAACACAGUUAAGUCAGUUAUUGUUAUACACUUCCUAUCCGACAGCCGAUUGGUUUCCUAUGGUAGGAAACUACUGGAGGGUAUCUUGGGCUUCAAACCCUGCGAUCCUCUUAACAUGAAGCAGGAAUAUGUUCACGAGGAAUCACUGGAGUAAUCUGCAGGUCCCCGUUUCCAAACGUCCAGGCCAGGAGAUCAGUGGACUGAUAUCAAAAUGAAAGAUUGACGUUUUUGUGUAAUUUUCCUUGAUUGUAGUCAUGGAAAUUCAAGUAGUUCUUCAACUUAACAUAAGUCAGUAAUAUUUUAUUUUUAAUUUUUUGAUAUGUACCUCUUUUCUGCCCUAGGCAGGUGGCGUAGAAAAAUCGUGAACCUUUUCUACCUAUAACUUUUGAAAUCUUGCUCCGCUACAAAUUAUCUUCUCGCUCAUUCACAAGCUUGUAUUUUUUUUUUCUGAUUGGUCAAGAAGAAUCGGAAAGUAUUCGUGCACGAGUGAGGUGUGACCGAAAAUAGCACUUCUUUCGCAAAUGUAUGAAAAUAAUUUCAAAGUUAUAUAGAAGUCAUGACAAAGCCGAGAUACUAAUAAAACAAUUCAGCAUUUAGUAGAACACUUUGCAACUAGAGGCAGUAGAGUUGAAUAAUAAAAAUAUCAGUGUAU